AUGGCGGCUCCCGCCCGCUCCGCCUCGGGCGGCCUGCAGGGAGGCGGCGGGACCGGAAGAGGGCGCCGGGGAUUCACGGGCGGCCCGGUUUGGCUCCUCCCGGCCGCCUUACAGCUCCUCCCCGGGCCCCGCCGAGCCUCCCCGGGCUGGCUCCGACCUCCUGGGGCUUCUCGGGAGACUCCCCGGCGGGCUGGGCUGGGCUGGUCGCCGCCCCCUCCAGCCCCGGGGACCAUGUUCCCCAGCACCGGCUCCAACGGGCUGUAUAAAGCACCUCUGUCAAAGAGUCUUUUAUUAGUUCCAAGUGCCCUGUCGGUUCUAUUGACUCUGCUCUUCCAACAUUAUCAGAAGUUCUUCACAUAUAACCUACAAGCUGUAAAAGAGGAUUUUCAGAUUUGGAGACUUGUAUUUGGGAGAACAGUAUGUCUUGAUCUGAAAGAUGCAUUCUGCAGUAGCUUGCUCAUUUAUAACUUUAGGAUAUUCGAAAGAAGAUAUGGCAGCCGAAAAUUUUCAUCCUUUUUAUUGGGCUCCUGGAUGCUGUCAGCUUUGUUUGAUCUUCUCCUUGUAGAAGCUGUGCAAUAUGCAUUUGGCAUCACCAUCAGCAGUUUGCCUUCUGGAUUCUUGGGUCCUGUAUUUGCUCUGUUUGUACCAUUUUUUUGCUCCAUUCCAAGGAUGCAAGUGACACAAAUAUUAGGCCAAUUUCCCAUCACAAACAAGACGUUGGUCUAUAUACUGGGUUUACAGCUCGUAACCUCUGAUUCCUACAUCUGGAUUGUAGCCGUAAGUGGACUGAUUUCUGGGAUGUGCUACAGCAGUAGUGUGCUAAAAGUUCAUCAGGUGAUUUGUGUUCCCAGCUGGCUGGCAAAGAUAUUUUCUUGGACUCUUGAACCAGUAUUCUCAUCUGCAGAACCAUCCAACGAGAUUCGAGUGGGAAUGGGAGCAACAGUGGACAUCCAGAGACAGCAGAGAAUGGAAUUACUGGAUCGUCAAAUCAUGAUGUCUCAGUUUGCACAGAUGAGACGGCAAAGACAACAGCAGGGCAGGGUGAUUAACUGGAAUCGACUCUUUCCUCCUUUACGUCGUAGACAUCAUGCAAAUUAUCAAGAUAAUCGCCAGUCUGAGCAAGAGGCAGCUCCACCUGCUGAGGUUUCUGAGGAACAGGUUGCUCGACUUAUGGAAAUGGGAUUUUCCAGGGUAGAUGCUUUGGAAGCUCUGAGAGCUUCAAAUAAUGACCUUAAUGUAGCUACCAACUUCCUACUGCAGCACUGAUUAUUGCUUCUGAUGAAAAACUUUAGUUGAUAUGUUUAUCUACCAUCAGAAAGAGGAUCAAAGCUACCUGCUGGAUAGACUCAUAAAGAGCAAAAGCCAAGAAGAAAAAAUGUCUACUAUACGCAACGUUUCAAAGUAGUGUUAACGGAUGACACUGACUGUUCCUAAACCCCCCAAAUAAAGUGGUGGUUAUUGUUCUGGUUAUUCUUUAAAAGUAACUUUUAUCUCUAUAUGUUACAUGAUAUCAUCAAAAUUUAUUUAAAAAAAAUUGGUGUAUUUCUCUUUUAAAUCAGUAUUAGAGAUAUUAUCAUUAUUAAUAACUAGGAAAUACAGAAGCAACUCAAACUGCUGCAAACAGCUAAAUUUACAUAUCAGGAAAAAUUACAAUUCUAUUCUUUUUUUCAAUUUCUUUGCUCUAAAACUGUAACUAUUAUUUAAUAUUUUACAGUAUUUUGAUUUUUGAUCACAGUAAUGAGAAAAUGUUCAGAUGUGGUGGGUAAUGUUAUUUCCAUAAAGAAUUAUGGAACUAACAUGUCAUUCAUCAAGAAGUUUUAUUAAUAUUUGUAAUAUUUUCUCUCUCAAUACUUUUUAAAUAAAAGUUGUCAUUCAGUACCAUAA